AUCAAGAUCAUUCCUGUCUGUCUCUAUCUAUAAAUACAGAGCAUAUUGAUUUUUAGCUGCUUGUCUUCUCCGCAGAUAUUCACUUCUCCACAAGUUUCACUCGCUCUUGGAAUUUUGCAACAAUCAAGAUACUUCUGAGGCAUGGGGACUAUUGGUGAUGCUGCAAACAAGGAAGUAAAUGGGAGCUCACUCCCAGAUAAGAAGCCCACUGUAGUUUUUGUUCUAGGUGGCCCUGGCAGUGGUAAAGGCACACAAUGUGCAAAUAUUGUUCAACAUUUUGGUUAUACUCACCUUAGUGCUGGUGAUCUUCUCCGAGCAGAGCAAAAUUCCGGUUCUGAAAAUGGGGAAAUGAUUAAGAACAUGAUUAAGGAUGGGCAAAUCGUACCCUCAGAGGUAACAGUCAAGCUUCUCCUAUGGGCAAUGGAGGAAAGUGGAAAUGACAAAUUUCUUAUUGAUGGUUUUCCUCGUAAUGAGGAGAAUCGUGCAGCCUUUGAGUCUGUUACUGGAAUUGAGCCUGAAUUUGUACUUUUCUUUGAUUGUCCAGAGGAGGAAAUGGAGAAGCGUGUGCUGAAUAGAAACCAGGGUAGAGCUGAUGAUAACAUUGAGUCAAUAAGGAAGAGAUUUAAGGUGUAUACACAGUCUAGCCUUCCAGUGAUUGAAUACUACGAUUCCAAAGGCAAGGUUCGAAAGAUUGAUGCUUCCAAACCAGUUGAAGAAGUUUUUGAGGCAGUCAAAGAAUUCUUCACCUCACUUGAUGAUAAGGUUGCUGCUUGAAGACGCUGCUUAUUAUUGCAUUAGAUUCCAGCAUACAGUGGCGGACGCAGAAAUAAAUUUUGGCAGGGGCUUCCCUAAAAAUUUUCAUACUCCCUCCGUCCCCUAAAAAUAGAAAUUCUUUUGUUUUUUUAUCAGUCCCCUAAAAAUAGAAACUUUCCCUUUUAGGAAAUUUUUUUCUCUCAAUAAGGAUCCAUUUUCCACUAACACUUUUUAUUUCUAUUCAUUUCUUAUUUUACCAAUUUUGCAUUAAAAUUCGAGCAGGUGAACAAUGGGACAUUUAUUCAUGGAUGAAUAUAAUUUUAUAUUAACAAAAAGAAAAAUAAAAUUGUUGUGUUUGUUUUGCUAAAGCAUUAAGUAUCUAAUAGUAUUAAAUAAAAAAAUGCAUAAUUAUCUCGUAAAUUUUAAAAUUUGAAUAUAAAUAUAUGAACUUUUGAUUUUUAUAACUUUUCUCCUAGAUGGCAAAUUAAAGCUUAUGUGGCAAUCAAAACUACACAAAUAUGUUCAUAUUAAUUAAAAAUAUGAAUUUGAAUUUGUGAACUAUGACAAAAGAAAAGGAAAAAACUGACCUGGCCUAACCCAUUAAAGUGGUAAAGAAGACAAGUUGUAAUUCUCUUUUGAAAUUUGUGGGAGAAAAAUUCAAUAAUUUUUUGUUCUACCGUUUGGAAUAAAUUUAAAUGGAGUGUGGCUGUAUAAGGGAAAAACUUUUUUAGUUUUCGGUAAAUUACGUUGUUCAAUAGAAAAAUGUUUCUUGCAAAUUUAGGAAACAAUUUUUAAAGUUUUUUUUAUUAUAAGUAAGAUCAUUAAAAUGUAGUUACACUUGCAAGAUCGUGCCACCGUUUAACUAGGGAAUAGGGAUUCACUUUUUCAAUAUUAUUAUCAUAUUGUAUUCAUUUAAGUUUAACAGCUUUUAUUUAUUUCUAUCUUCUUCUUCCCAUUAUAUGCGGUUGCCAUGGUUCCAAGACGUUUUCUCGGUGAUUUUAUUUUUUUCAGCCCCUCCUUCUCAUUAAAUCUUCUUCCCAUUAAACCCCAAAGAUAUUAGCUUGGGAAGGGCUUAAGAUAAUUUCUAAGAAAGUUGAAAUUUUUUAUAGUAUAAAUUUAUUAUAAAAAAAAAAGUUUGGGAGGGGCUUAAGCCCCUCACCCCCUCCACUUGUGUCCGCCACUGCCAGCAUAGGUACUAUCUAUUCUAGCUUUACAUUUGUUGAAAGUCUGUUUCAACCAUAAAUUUAAUAGCUUAAAAAUGGUGAAAGACAUUUGCAUUUGUAGGUGGUUUGAGAUACUAAUGGUGUCAUUUGUUAGUGUUUAGAUUUUGAUUAUUUCUGAGAGGAGGCUUUAUUGCAAUGCGAUUGUUAUAGUUCAUCAGUGGCCAAUCAUGUGGAUGUGGUCAAACCUUGUUUUUCUUUUUGGUUUCAAUGUUGCUAAUAUAAAUUGUUAUAAAAA